CCAUAUCAUUGCAAUUUACAAACACAAUUAUUUCUUUCUUUCUCAACAAAACAAUUGAAAAGAUGUCAAUUAAUUGUAAUUGUGAGAUCCUCUCUUACAUUGCUCUUUUUGCCCUUGCUUUCUACGUUGCUCAUGCUACUGAUCCUACACAGCUCCAAGAUUUCUGUGUUGGGACAAAUGAUCCUAACAAUGCAUUGUUCGUAAAUGGAUUGUUUUGUAAGAACCCAAUGGAUGCAACUCCAGAAGAUUUCUUUAAAGAUGGGGCAUUUGCAAAGCCCGGAGACACAGGAGUGAGCAAAACCGGUGCAAAUGUAACACUAGUGAGUUCAGUACAACUUGCAGGACUCAACACCCUUGGGAUUUCACUUGCUCGUAUAGACUUUGCGCCAUAUGGUGGCUUAAAUCCACCCCAUACACACCCUCGUGCAACUGAAGUUCUAACAGUCAUAGAAGGAACCCUUUACGUUGGUUUUGUAACAUCCAAUCUUGCAAAUGGAGGAAACAAGUUCUUCGCAAAGGUGCUUAACAAAGGAGAUGUUUUUGUGUUCCCACAAGGAUUAAUUCACUUCCAAAUUAAUAUUGGUAAAUAUCCCGCUGUUGCUUUUGCUGGAUUAAGUAGUCAAAAUCCUGGUACUGUUACUAUCGCUAAUGCCGUGUUCGGAGCUCAACCACCCAUUUCUGUCGAUGUUCUUAGCAAAGCCUUCAAGUUGGAUGCAAACAUCGUCAAGCACCUUCAAGCUCAAUUUUGGGACUAAUUAUAUUGUUUUCCUUUAACUCUCUUUUAAGCUCCCAUCAAAUAAAUAAGUUCUUAAUAUUAAUUAUAUAUUUUUACUUCUAUGUGUGUAUUAAAAACCCAAUAAUAACUUACUCUUAAUUGGGUUAUGCAGCUUCAUACUUAAUUACUUGUGACUGAGUUUUAUGAAAUAUAAUCAAAUAAAAUAAAAUGUUGUAUUUGCAUAUCCCUAUACUUCAAAAACUUAAUUAAAAUGUUUUAUGAAUAAUGAAUGUUUAAUAAACAUGUUAAAAACUUUCAAUUGUAUAUUAGAAUUUGUAUUACUAUACUUAAAAUGUUUCAUGAAAAUAUUAAUGUAUCAUAAACUCAGAAUUUCUA